AUGGCAAGCGGGAGUGGACCUGCGGCUGCGCCACUACAGCCACUGCAGCCACAACUUCAAUCGCUACCGCCACUCUACGCACAGCGGCCGGCGUACAGCUUCACCAUCCCGAGCCUGCACAACGACAGCAAUGCCGCCGGCGAAGGCGUGCAGCUGGAGUGUCGGGUGUACCAUCCGCCGGGGUACGUGGCGGGGUUGAUGGCAAUGAGGUCGGAUGCGAAGGCGGAAGGGGAGCGUGAGGAGGAGGACGACGACGGGGACGAUGAUCGGAUGGUGAUGAGCGGAAGGAGGGGGAGCGUGAGGAAGUCGAUGGAGAAGAAGAAGAAGGCGGCGAUAAUAGCGCAUCCGUACGCGCCGCUGGGCGGGAGCUACGAUGAUCCGGUGGUAGGGAAUGCGGGCGCCGAGAUGCUGGCGCUGGGGUGGGUGGUUGGGACGUUUUGUUUUCGCAACGGCAUCAUGACCAAGGUCACGACGCAUCAUCAAGCGGCACAAAAGCAGACGAUGAACGCAAAAUUCGGGAUGAUACCGAUCACAUCGACCAAGAAGAAGACCCCAUCCAUCUCAUUCUCGCCGGCUACUCUUAUGGCUCCCUCGUAG